GCCCCGGCCCCGUGCCUGUCGCCGUCCCCGUCGCCGUCGCCGCCGCCGAGGGGGCCAUGACCGUGGAGCAGAACGUGCUGCAGCAGAGCGCCGCGCAGAAGCACCAACAGACAUUUCUGAAUCAGUUGAGAGAAAUAACUGGGAUUAAUGACACGCAGAUACUGCAGCAGGCCUUGAAGGAUAGCAAUGGAAACUUGGAAUUAGCGGUGGCUUUCCUUACUGCAAAGAAUGCCAAGACCCCUCAGCAAGAGGAGACAACUUACUACCAAACAGCACUUCCUGGCAAUGAUCGAUACAUCAGUGUGGGUAGCCAAGCAGAUACAAAUGUGAUUGAUCUCACUGGAGAUGAUAAAGAUGAUCUUCAGAGAGCAAUUGCCUUGAGUUUGGCAGAAUCCAACCGGGCGUUCAGGGAGACCGGAAUAACUGAUGAGGAACAAGCUAUUAGCAGAGUUCUUGAAGCCAGCAUAGCAGAAAAUAAAGCAUGCUUGAAGAGGACACCUACGGAAGUUUGGAGGGAUUCUAGAAACCCUUACGAUAGAAAAAGACAGGACAAAGCUCCUGUCGGGCUGAAGAAUGUUGGCAACACUUGCUGGUUUAGCGCUGUUAUUCAGUCAUUAUUCAAUCUUUUGGAAUUUAGAAGAUUAGUUCUGAAUUACAAGCCUCCAUCAAAUGCUCAAGAUUUACCCCGAAACCAAAAGGAACAUCGGAAUUUACCUUUUAUGCGUGAGUUGAGGUACCUGUUUGCACUUCUGGUUGGUACGAAAAGGAAAUAUGUUGAUCCAUCUAGAGCAGUGGAAAUUCUCAAGGAUGCCUUCAAAUCAAAUGACUCACAGCAGCAAGAUGUGAGUGAGUUUACCCACAAAUUAUUAGAUUGGCUUGAAGAUGCCUUCCAGAUGAGAGCUGAAGAAGAAACGGAUGAAGAGAAGCCAAAGAACCCCAUGGUAGAGCUGUUUUACGGAAGGUUCCUUGCUGUAGGAGUGCUGGAAGGAAAGAAAUUUGAAAACACUGAAAUGUUUGGUCAGUAUCCACUUCAAGUCAAUGGGUUCAAAGACCUGCAUGAGUGUCUAGAAGCAGCCAUGAUUGAAGGAGAGAUUGAGUCUUUACAUUCAGAUAACUCUGGAAAAUCAGGACAAGAGCAUUGGUUUACUGAGCUCCCACCUGUGCUGACAUUUGAAUUGUCAAGAUUUGAAUUUAAUCAAGCAUUGGGAAGACCAGAAAAAAUUCACAACAAAUUAGAAUUUCCCCAAGUUUUAUAUCUGGACAGGUAUAUGCACAGAAACAGAGAAAUCACAAGAAUUAAGCGUGAAGAGAUCAAGAGACUUAGAGAUUACCUCACAGUAUUACAACAAAGAUUAGAAAGAUAUUUAAGCUAUGGUUCGGGUCCCAAAAGAUUCCCUCUGGUAGAUGUUCUACAGUAUGCAUUGGAAUUUGCCUCCAGUAAACCUGUUUGCACUUCUCCUGUUGAGGAUAUUGACGCCAGUUCACCACCUAGUGGUUCUACCCCAUCACAGCCAUUACCAAGCACAGCAGAACAGCAGGGUCCUCCUUCCGAGCUGCCCAGCACAUCACCUGUAUCAGGUGUGGCCAUGCCAUCGAGGUCAGUGAUCCACAAACCAUUCACUCAGUCACGGGUACCUCCAGACAUGCCCAUGCACCCAGCACCAAGGCAUAUAACAGAAGAAGAACUUUCUGUGCUGGAAGGCUGUUUACAUCGCUGGAGGACAGAAAUAGAGAAUGACACAAGAGACUUGCAGGAAAGCAUAUCCAGAAUCCACCGAGCUAUUGAGCUCAUGUACUCUGACAAGCCCAUGGUCCAGGUCCCUUAUCGCUUACAUGCUGUCUUAGUCCAUGAAGGCCAAGCUAAUGCUGGACACUACUGGGCCUAUAUCUUUGAUCAUCGUGAGAGCAGGUGGAUGAAGUACAAUGACAUAGCAGUGACAAAAUCAUCUUGGGAAGAACUAGUGAGGGACUCAUUUGGUGGUUAUAGAAAUGCCAGUGCAUACUGUCUGAUGUACAUAAACGAUAAGGCACAGUUUUUAAUACAAGAGGAGUUUAACAAAGAAACUGGGCAGGCCCUCGUGGGAAUAGAAACAUUGCCACCAGAUUUGAGAGAUUUUGUUGAGGAAGACAACCAACAGUUUGAAAAAGAACUGGAAGAGUGGGAUGCACAGCUUGCCCAGAGAGCUUUGCAGGAAAAGCUUCUAGCAUCCCAGAAACUGAGGGAGGCUGAGUCUUCGAUGAAAACAGCGCAAGCAGGAGAACCAGAGUAUCUAGAGCAGCCAUCAAGAAGUGAUUUCUCAAAGCACUUGAAAGAAGAAACUAUUCGAACAAUUACCAAGGCAUCACAUGAGCAUGAAGAUAAAAGUCCCGAAACAGUUUUGCAGUCGAAACCUGAGAAUACUACCAGCCCAUCACCUUCUAACCAGCGAGUUGUAGAGGUGGCGAUUCCUCACAUAGGGAAAUUCAUGGUUGAAUCAAAGGAGGGAGGGUACGAUGACGAGGCAAUUAAGUUGGAGUACUCAAGGCUGGUUAGGUUGGCUCAAGAAGAUACCCCACCCGAAACAGAUUAUCGUUUGCAUCAUGCAGUCGUCUACUUCAUUCAGAACCAGGCGCCAAAGAAAAUCAUUGAGAAAGCAUUACUAGAACAAUUUGGAGAUAGAAAUUUGAGUUUUGAUGAAAGGUGUCACAACAUAAUGAAAGUUGCUCAAGCCAAACUGGAAAUGAUAAAGCCUGAAGAAGUAAACUUGGAGGAGUAUGAGGAGUGGCAUCAAGAUUACAAGAAGUUCAGAGACACAACCAUGUAUCUCAUAAGUGGACUAGAAAAUUUUCAGAAAGAAAGUUACAUAGAUUCCUUGCUGUUCCUUAUCUGUGCUUAUCAGAACAACAAAGAACUCUUGUCCAAGGGCCCAUGCAGAGGGCACGAUGAAGAGCUGAUCUCCCAUUACAGAAGAGAGUGUUUACUAAAACUCAAUGAGCAAGCUGCAGAACUAUUUGAGUCUGGAGAGGACCGAGAUGUGAACAGUGGUUUGAUUAUCAUGAAUGAAUUCAUUGUCCCGUUUUUGCCCUUGCUACUGGUGGAUGAAAUGGAAGAGAAAGAUAUCCUUGCUGUGGAAGACAUGCGGAAUCGAUGGUGUUCCUACCUAGGACAAGAGAUGGAAGCAAACCUCCAAGAAAAGCUGACGGAUUUUCUGCCAAAACUGCUUGACUGUUCUACAGAGAUGAAAGGCUUCCAUGAGCCACGAAAGCUUCCUGCAUAUUCCACACAUGAACUCUGUGAGCGCUUUGCCCGAAUCAUGUUGUCCCUCAGUCGAACUCCUGCUGAUGGAAGAUAAACUGCCCACACUUUCCCUAAACACAAUGUAUAAACAUUUUUUAGUUCCUAACUCUUGUCAUCCUGCCACGGGGUUUGCUUGUUGCUGCUAUAGUUUUUAAAGUUUUUAUUUUAAUAACUUCAAAAGACAAAAUGACUAUACCGGCCCCAGCCAGAUUGCAAACAAUAAAGCUGAGAAUCGCAUGGCACUCAGACUCUGUUUUAACCAGAACCAUGUGUGAUUACAAAUAUGAUUGAUUUUACUGAGGCAAGGCGAUGCUUUGGCCACCUUUCUGCUACAGUAUUACUUCCCUCUCACCUGUUCUCUAUCAAAGCUUUCUAUUUGGUCUGGACCCUUCUGAGACAAGCCACUGAAGUGUUCAACACUGUGUAUGAUAUGUCAUAUUUGGUAGCUUGUAAAUAAAAUCAAGAAUAAAGUUUUA